CAUUUGGCGUUAAAUAUCGUAUUCAUAGAAGGCAUUGCAUUGAUGUCUGUAAUAUUAUAGAGUACAUUUUGCGAAAAAGCGAAUACCUCUUCAGCAAAUUUUGUAAAGAAGAAAGAAACUGAUUAAUGAAACUUAUUAAUUUAUGAAAGAUGAAAAUUUUUGAAAAACAAAUAGGAUUUAACUUUUGAAAGCAGAAAUAAUAAAAUUGCAGAGUAAAUAAACAACCUUACUCGAUUAGCUACAUUCAAUCAUCAAUGCUGAACAUGCCGACUUCGCUUCUUUGCCGAAUGUGUCUCUUAAUUCUUUUGAUCCAGCACUCAAAGGGACAAGAUGAUGAUGACUUCGAACCGAGAGAUUGCUCCGAUCACUUGAUGAACGGGAACUAUGAAAGCAGAAUUUACACCAUCUUUCCCAAUUCCAAAUCUUUGAAUGUGUAUUGUGACAUGGACACUGAUGGUGGUGGCUGGACGGUAAUUCAAAGAAGAGGAAACUACACACCACAAGAGAAAUUUUAUCGGGACUGGAAUGACUACAAACACGGAUUCGGAAACGUCGACCGAGAUUUCUGGUUGGGAAAUGACAACAUCCAUACCCUGAGCACCCUAAUGCCUGUAGAAAUACGCUUCGAUCUGGCGGAUGUGAGAGGAAACCGUCGUUAUGCAGUCUAUAAAAGUUUCUACAUAGAUAAUGAGAAAAAAGAUUAUACUCUGCACAUUAGUGGGUACAGCGGAAAUGCAGGUGAUGGCAUGAAAUUCCACAAUGGACAGCCAUUUUCUACUAAAGACAGAGGAAACUACCAAGCUGUCUUAGCUAUAUAUGGACCCUGGUGGAUCUUCGAAUGGGCGUACGUACAUCUCAAUGGAUUUUACAGUCCAGGUGAGAACGACUUCCAGGCUAUUCAUUGGUACAAGUGGCUGGAAAACGAAGGAUUGGCCUUUUCAGAAAUGAAAAUCAGACAACGUUAAUACUAUAUCUUCGAUGUGAAUUUAAAAAACAAACUGAUGCUUGCAUUAAAGUCUUUGUUAUUGCUUUCAAA